AUGAACUUCUUCGCUUGCGUCGAAAACCUGCCCGCCGUUCAGACCCGCAAGGCCCUCCUCCUUCUUGACCUCCAGAACGACUUUAUCCGCCCCAAUGGGGCUCUACACGUCUCCAAUACGGCCGACUUCCUUGACCAGCUGCCUACACUCACUCAGGCCUUUCGCCGGGUCGGCGAUGUCUUCUGGGUGCGCUCCCACUACGAGACCCGCCGCAGGCUUGUGGAUCCCCAAACCCAGGACGAUCGGAUUAUUUUGAGAGAGGCCUUUCUUUCGGUUGAGCCUGCCCGAUGCUGUCUCGCAGGCUCGGCAGGCUUUCAGUUCCCGGCGCCCAUCCUGACCGCCAUCGACUCGGAACGGGACACCGUGCUGGAAAAAACGGACUAUUCGGCCUUUGCCAGCGAGGGGCUCGUGCAAUCCUUUCGCUCGCGCUUUGUGACAGAGGUGUACCUGUGUGGAUCGUUGUCCAACGUUUCCGUCUACGCUACCGCCCUCGACGCGGUGCGAUAUGGCUUCGCCGUCACCGUGGUGGAGGAUUGCUUGGGCUUCCGCAAGUUUCCGCGGCACGCCGAGGCGAUGCGACGUAUGGCCGAUAUCCUGGGCGCCGACGGAAUCACCACCACGGAGCUCUACGAUGAGCUGGACUGGCAGGAAACUGAUGCUAUAGCUCGCAAGGGAAUUUCGCGGCGCACCAACCGCUCGGUCAUCCCCGCCGGUAUCGAGGGCGUCAUGGACGAGCUUGACGUUCGUACGAGUCCCAAAACCGUCCACUCGCGUGGGAAGAAAAAGAGGGCCGACCGGGGAUCAUCAUCGUCAUCUUUACCGGCCUCGUCUGCCGCUUCAGACGGGAGCCGCCGCCUUCGUGUCGCUGGGGCCUUGGCCGAAGCCACUGGCAUGGAGAGUGAUCUCAAGGCAUCACUCCGAGAUUUGGCUUCUCUCCGGUCUGCCCGCCGAAGCCAGGCGACUGCCUCCAAUGCCGGGGAUGCACAGGAAAAGAAGCGAGUUACACCGCGAGUUCGUCGACGACAGGAACCCAGCAACAGUGGACCCCCCUCAACAACCCCCUCGACCCCGGCGGAGCGACGGCCAUCUACUAGGCCUCGGCCUGCCACCGACAAAAGAGCCGCCACCGCCCCCGACCGGCCCUUGCGCCCGGGCGAUCGCAUCGGUGAAGGGGAUUCCCGCAUCAUCCACGAUCUUGACCUUCCCGAAGAUGCGUUUACGCAAAUUCGCCGCGAGGUCGCCUGGCAGCAUAUGUACCAUCUCUCCGGCCAGGUCCCGCGCCUGGUGGCAGUGCAGGGCCAGGCUCUACCGGAAGGGGCGAUUCCCAUCUACCGCCACCCCGCCGAUGAGUCGCCGCCCCUGUUGCCUCUGUCGCGGAUGGUCAACCAGGUGCGCAUCCAGGUCGAGCGCAUCGUCGGCCACCCGCUCAACCAUGUCCUGAUCCAGCUGUACCGCGAUGGGCAGGAUCGCAUCUCAGAGCAUUCGGACAAGACCUUGGAUAUUGUUCGCGGUUCAUCGAUCUGCAAUGUCAGCCUGGGCGCCCAGCGCGUCAUGGUUCUCCGCUCCAAGGAAUCCGCUGCGACAACGACUGGCGGUCGAGAUACACAGCGGGUGCCCAUGCCACACGAGUCGCUCUUUAUCCUCGGCCAGAAGACUAACAUGAAGUGGCUGCACGGGAUCCGACCGGACAAGCGGCCGGAGGUCUCGAAGACGGCCGAGGAACGAGCGUUCGGCGGGGAGCGGAUCUCCCUGACCUUCCGUCAGAUCGGGACUUUCAUUGACCCGGCGCAGGAUUUGAUCUGGGGCCAGGGCGCCGUGUCCAAGACGCGCGAGCACGCCGGGCGCGCUAUUCACGGCAAUCCCGCCGAGACGGAACGCCUCGUCCGUUGUUUCGGGCAGGAGAACCGCUCGCUCGACUUGGACUGGGAUGCAUUGUACGGCGGCGGCUUCGACGUCGUCAACUUCAUCACCGCCGUGACGGCGCGGCUUGUCCUCCGCGGGGAUGCGAUCGCCGACCUGCGUGUGCAGCUGUGUCUGACCGAAAACGGACUGCGGUAUACCCCCGUCGCCGUCUCGCCGGGAAAAGACCUCGCGGGCAAUGCUCUGGAAGACGACGUCCAGCGGCGGCCCUUGUAUGUGAACGCGGACGGGGCGGCGGUCGCGGGGGACCUGGCCAUCCUGACUCAUUUUGCCCAUCUCGCCGCCACUCAGCACGAGUCCCCUGCUCGGCCGGGAGUCGAGAUGCUGCGCGGGGGGGAUAAACUGGAGAAGAUUGAGCGAUUGCUACACAUUUGGCGACAGUACCAAGCUACUACUACUGUCGCGAGUGAGCUAGAACAUACUCUGUCCACGUGGGAGACGGCGCUCGGUAAUGGCCACAAGUACAUUGAUGGCGGGUCGUUUGGGAUAGAUGACUGCGCCUUAUGGCCUCUGCUGCGUGAGAUGGUACAGACAGACGACAGCCUGCUGCCUGCCACUCGAUAUCCGCAGCUGCACCAGUACUACCUGCGCGUGGAGAAACGGGGCUGCGUGAAAGCCCUUCUGGACGAUGGAUACGGCCGUACAUGA